AUGGGCUCUGCAGGGCCGGGUGCAGGAUGCUUGGCGGUGUUCUUGGUCUACACUUGUGCGUUGCCUAUUUGGGCAGUACCGCCCGCAUCGCCUUCGGCCACGACCACAACAACAGCACCAACCAGUUCUUCUCGCCCAGCUCUUUCACAACCCCCCGGCAGCCACCAGCCUGUACCAGCAGUAGCGAUGUCUGCCCCCGCCGCAGUAGCGAAACCAAUAGCGGCCAACGGUGUGGUGGCUGCAAAGGCGCCUCGCAGCAGCAGGCCACCGCCACCGCCUUGUAGUGGGCCCCCUGUUGCAGCAGCAGGAUUAGCAACAGCGGCUGCCGCCGUCGGCCGUUCCUCCUCAGCUAAAGCCGCCAACGACCUUCUAACCGAAAUGCUGCAUGGCCGAAAAGCAAUCACGGCAACAGCAGCAGCAGCAGCGGGUGCGUCAUCUGCUGCGGCACCCGCCGCAGUUGACGGCGGUGGCGGCCGCGGCUCCGCCGCCACCACCAUUGCUAGUGUUGCUAUUGCUGCUGCACCUGCUGGCACGACGGACGGCGUCAGGCUGUGCUCAAUGCAGCUUAACGGUGCCGCUGGCGGCGCCAGCGACAGGGUCGAAACGCGGCCGCGCAAGCGGCCGUGCUUGCCGCUGGUGGCGGCAGCGCUGCCGUUGCCACCGCCGCCUGCAGCAGCGGCGGCGGUUGUGCAGCGCCUGGCGGCUCCUGAGUCGUCCCGAGAGCGCAGGCCCAACCUGGUUUGUUUGCUUCAGGCCCGUAGCAUGGGUAGGCUGAACCCGCGUGGAGAAUUAUGGUGGUGGAAGAGCGCUGGCCCACGGCUGGAGGAGGUCGGCUGUUGGAAUGCGGCAGAGGGACUUCGCGCCGUAUCUGUCGUACACCAAGAUGCGGUGACCCAGAUUGAGAUUAGCGGCGAGACCGAUGGACGAGCGUGCCUGGCGGUGGCGCAGGCCAAUGAACUUGUACGGAUUGUGCCGUACAAUGUGCUGCGGAAUUUCGCCGAGGUGCGGCGAAUUGCGGACCGCGAGGUGGCGGUCGCUCGGGAGGACGGCGACACCAACGGAGAUGACAGUGACGGAGGGGACGACGACGACGAUGACGAAGAGGAGGAGAAGAAGGGACAUCUUCAAGGAACCUGCGUCAAUAAUGUGAACCGGCGCAGUCACCGGCGGCGGCGACGGCAGCCGCAGACGCUUCCAUGGCUUGAGCUUGUUCAUGCGGGCCGAAUAAGACACCCAGGCGGCGGCGGCGGCUACGUGGGGCAGGGCGGCGAUAGCGGCGCCGCUGCGGCCGGCGCAAGGAGUUCUAGCUCCGUUCUAACGCUCAACACGCGCAGCCGUGUUGCCUGCAUAGGAUGGGACCCGCAGCGACGGGGGCGACUGGCCGUUGUGGACCGCUCGUCCAGCUGCAUCACGUUGCUUGACCUGGGCUGGGGUCCCCGCAGUGGCGGUGGCGAGGGUGGCGCCGGGACCUGGAGGAUGGGGGCCUUCACUCGCAGCCAAUUAAUGUGUGUCGGCGGCGGGGACGUUGGCGGCGGCGCCGCUGCGCGCGCCAUGGCAUACCUUAAGUACGGCAGCCCAGGCGCGCCGUACACGCUGGCCGCCGCAGGGCGAGCUGGGGGCGAGGGUGCUGUCGUACACCUAUGGGAUGAGCGGCGGGGCAGCCAGCCGAUAUCACGGUUGAUGUGUCCGGGCGGCGCGUCGCUGGUAGCUCGAAUGGAACCCUCCCUGGACGCUCGUCCUCUGGGACGUACGGCGCGCCUCCAGUACGGCAGUGAGCAGCGCCGUCUUCAGUCUGGGCUCCGCAGCACCAGCCCUGUCCGCAGUGGUUGGCAGUUGGGAUCUGUUGGCACCGUUGGCGGCGGUUGGAUUCCUGCGGCCCGUGAUCAGCAGCUUGAUGACCGACCCAUGGGAUCGCAGUCGUACUGCGGUGCUCGCACAGGUGUGGUGGGGCGGCUUAAGGGGUUUUCGACUUUGCGGUUUGUGCUGGAGGUAUGCAAAUUUUAG